AUGGCGGCCCAACGUCGAGGAGAAGACCCUUUGAACAUCGACUUAAGCAGCACCAAUGCCGAUCUCCCCCCUCUCGCUGCGCUAUUUAUGAUAUAUUUCGAUAUCAAGGCCGGCUAUACAAUUGGAUGGAAGCGUUCCUUAUCGGGCAUUGAACUAGAUGGAGUGGUCGAAUAUAGGAGUCUGCCGUCGGGUUUACAUACUGUGGAAGAGGAUUUGAUAUACUUCACCCACGAUAAUUAUGCAGGGCUCAGCGCAUUCGUCAACGCGCCGGCAGAUGAGGAAUCGAGGAACGCGAGGAUGAUUGCCGUUGGUAUUAUGGUACCUCUGAGCUAUGGAAGGUUAGGUAGGAGUUGGAAGCAUGCGGAAAGCUUGAAAGAUAUCGCAAGUGAGCUUAUCCUAGAUGAGAGCAAAACUGAGCGCCUCGAAGAAUAUUGGGAGAACCACAAGGGCGAAGAUCUUGAAAUACACAAGGAAACCGACUCAUUGUUAGAUUCUCCUUUGAGCGCGAGAUUCAAAACCCGGAAUACACCACCGAAAUCGAAAGGUCACAAUAGGAAUCGCUCAGCUUCUGAUGGUACAGCUUUAAUACCCCCUGGGCACACACUAUCGGCAUAUCAUCCUGCGUGGAGCUUACCACGACUAUUGGAAACGUUUGGUCCUAUGAUAUUCCCUAUACAUCGAGCUGCACUUCUACGGAAGAGGAUCUUGAUUAGUGCUCAUGCGCCUGUACAUGAAACUUGCGAUUUUGUAUAUGACAUAUCUAUACUCUCAAAUAUUCCUCUCGCUGUCAGCGACCUCUUAGAGCCCACCGCCCCACCCCAAAGACUCCGUCCCCUCUUCUCCAUCGGCGUCCACGAUAUCCCCCUCCUAGAAGAUGACCUCAAAGCUUCAAAACGGAGAGCCACCUCGGAAGACACUAUCCCAAACGAUGGGCGCGAUGAACCCGGUUGUGGCUGGAUAGCCUGCACAACCGAUAGCAUUCUCGGCACCAAAACCCGUCUCUACGACGUGCUCAUAACUAUGCCACUACCCCGCUCCUCCACCUCCACCGCAAAAGUAUGGCCCAAAAUCGAAAGCUCCGCCGACGGCAUCAAGAUAAAAGCCACCCAACGCGAUCUUCGCCGCUACAAAGCCCUCCGCUGGGGACUUUCACGAUCCCCUCACCCCGCCUCCCCCGACAUCAGCACCUGUCGCCGGGCAUCCUCCUCAUCCUACCUCGAGCAAUUCCCAUCCCCCAUCGACCUCAGCUCCUCCACCUCCACUCUCCCCCCACGAGACGACCCCAUGCUCGAUAUCCCCGACACCGACUCCGUCAUUGAACCCGUAUCCUGGUCUGCGCUCGCCUAUUCUGGUUUCAUAUGGUGGGCCUCGGCCGGCGAACAACGUUUGCAUUCGCAAGAAGAAUGGGAAGCGGAUUCUGCACUCCUAUCAUCACCUCACACACCUAAUCCGUUUCCAAUCCCCCUUCUCUUCAAUUCAAAUGGUUUCCCCACCGCAGAAACGGAAACGGGAAUCAUCGCUUACUUCCACCGUCUCACAUCGCAAAUCCUAACAACCCUGAGCGAUAUCAUCGACGCAUCCGAUUCAGACGAUGAACGCGAAGACGACCAAAUACAUAAUCAUAAUCAUAGCCUAUCCCAUAAUUCCUCAUCCUCACUACUAAACAGAGGAAGUGCUAGCAAUGGAGGAGGAGGAGACGCCGCAAACGAAGAAGCAGAAGAAGGAAUGAGCUGUAUAUACAUCAGUAGUUCAGACAUGGAACGCAUGGGACUAGAUGUGUGGAGCGCAAGCGAUUAUGUUUUUGUAGAAGAGGUGGUACGAGAGUAUUUUGGGAGGAAAGCGAAGAUUGAAGGGAGGGGCGUGGAUGUUUGUGGAGUGAGGAUUUGUUAG